AUGCCCCUUGUGAAGUCAGGAGCUGAUUGUAGUAUAACUAACCAGGCAGGCGAGAAACCUCUCCACAGAUCAGUCAGAUGUGGAUCUAGUCAAUGUGUUGACAUUUUGAUGAAGACUACCGAGGUCAAUGUACGGAACGAAGCAGGCAAUACGCCACUCCAUAUAGCCAUAGAUACUGGAUCUCAUGACUGUGUGGAUGUCUUACUGAAGGCCGGUGCUGACGUGAAUGCCCAGGACAAUACAGGUGAAACACCACUCUAUAUUGCAGCAGAGCUUGGGGCUCAUGAAUGUGUGGUAGCCAGGCUCCUGAAGGCUGGAGCUGAUGCAAACAUAUGCAAAACCAACGGCUGUACAGCGGUUCACAGAGCAGUUAGGCUGGGAUAUGAAGACUGCGUCACACUGCUACUGGAUGUAGGAUCCGAUGUGAACAUACAGGAUGUUGAGAAGGACACGCCUCUGCAUAUAGCAACAUUUUGGAGGUCUAAAGUUUACAUUGAGAUGUUGUUGAGGGCAGGGGCUGAUGUGGACAAACAGGACGAAAAGGUAAAGGGUGGUCAUAAAGAGUUAUGUGUCAACAGUUUAUUGAAAGCCGGAGCAAAUGUAAACACAAAGGAUGACACAGGUGAAACACCUCUGCAAUUUGCUGUGAGUUAUGGAGAAACAAAAUACAUUAGCAUGUUGAUAGAGGCAGGAGCUGAUGUGAAUGCACAGGAUGACGAAGGGUACACAGCACUUCACAGAGCUGCACGAAACAAGACGAAAAGCUGUCUAGAACUUUUGCUGAAAUAUGGAGCGGAUGUUAACCUGUGCAAUAAUACAGGGGAGACGUCUAUUUACGGAGUUAUUCGCGGUGGCAGUGAAGAGUGCCUCUAUGCGUUAGUUAAAGCUGGGCUUUCUGUUAACGCACGAGAUAACAGAGGGGCGUACGCUUCUUCAUUCAGCAUUCCUGCUUCUGUUUUUUCGACCGACACUUGAUCCAGUGAUAAAUAUUGGU